UAUUCCUUGUUAAUGUUAAAUUAAAUAUAUUUCCUUUUUUAUUCAUUAUGGAGGUCUUCGAUACACUUGAAGGAUUUAAAUCCAACAUAUGGGACGAACCUGGUCAUAAUGAAUUUAUCCAUAGUAGCAUAUCUAGCGGAAAUUCUGAUUUAGACUUUGACGAUGUUGAUAUUAAUUUUAGUGGUAAUUACGAUAUGGGAUCUGAUGAAAGUACAGAAAAUGCCGAAGAUCAUUGUUAUUCACAUAUAAAUUCUAUAUUGAAACUGUCUACAAAACUUGAAGAUUUUAGUAAAGAUCUAGAUUCAGAAAUAUACACAGAUGCACUUCAAAUUUUGCCUGAUAAAAUUAUAUCUAUUCAAAGUUUAAAUACAGAUAACAACAUCCUCAACAUCAACGAUUUUUUAACCACCAACAAUACACCUCAUUUCAAUUCUAAUUCCACGACCUUCACUUCCUCACCUAUCUCGUCCAAGUCUAACAACGAUCAAAUUCCAAUCAACAUCCCCAAAACCUUAACUUUGACCAGAUCUGAUUUUGUUCACAAACUGUACAAAGCUAGCAAAAAUGAUAAAAAUCCCGGCUUAGUAUUCAACAAACCCCACUCACCAAUAUACAAUAAAAAAUUUAAACCUAACGAGACAAUAGGUUUCAAAAAAAUAUCUAACAAUGAUUCCAACGGUUCAGUCAUUAUAAAAGCCGAGAAAGAAAAUGGCAUCGCGGGCGAUGUCCUCGCAGAUUUCGUAAAUCGGGAUAAACUCCACAAUUUCGCCCUCAUAAAUGAAAAUUUUACCAAAGUGAAUUUUAAGCCUGGCUCCACGGGAGAAGAUAGUAUAAACACUGAUUGCGAAGAUAUGAUGGACGACAGUAGUAGAGAUAUUUAUUCCUCUGUUAUACAUUCCGGUUUGGAGCUCGGUGGCCACAUUAUGAAACAUCCGCAACAAAAUCAACACGUCAGCGAAUGGCGUUCCGUUUUAUCGGAUCGUGAACAUCAUCAAAUCUUAUUGUCCAGAUAUAUAUCUCAGCAGCCCAAAAUAAAUGGGAACAUUGUGACCGGCCCAUUACUGCUAACGGAAGAGGAAAAAAGAACUCUUAUAGCCGAAGGCUACCCGGUGCCAAAACGAUAUCCGCUUACGAAAAUGGAAGAAAAAUCGCUUAAGAAGAUUAGGAGAAAGAUUAAAAACAAAAUAUCAGCUCAAGAGAGUAGACGAAAAAAAAAGGAAUAUAUUGAAGCAUUGGAAAACAAAGUACAAGCAUAUGCGACCGAUAAUAACAUACUCAAAAACAAAGUCAAAAAUUUAGAAACCAAUAACUUAUCUUUACAAAGUCAGUUAAAAAAAUUGACCAAUCUGGCGACUUCGCUUUACAAAUCCGUUUCUACUCAGACCAAUCCUAGUUCCUGCUUCGUUAUUCUAUUUAGCUUUUUAGUAGCUGCUGGUCUUAAUAUAUUUCCACUCAAGGAAACGGAAAACAAUGAGGCAGGAGUCGACACAAAUAAUCAACAAUAUCAGACCAUUAAUCAACAAUCUAGAGUGUUGCAUUGGGAAAGCUGCGACAAUAAUUACAAAUAUUUUAUACCAACGACUCAGUCUAUGUCAGACUCGAGUACCAAUGAAGUAGUUGAAGAUGAGAGCGUUCCACUCUCCAAGGCUUUUUCUGAUUUUAUGGGACGAUUAACAUCGUCUAAGAAAGACGAAGGAUUUAAUUUACUUUCUCACGAUUCGUCUGUGCUGAACAAAAUUGCCAAUCUCAUGAGAUCUGGACCAGAUUUAGGAAAAUCAAAAAAAUCUGAAAUGGAUUAUAAUUUGGAGGGAAUAGUCAACGAUUGUACUAUGAUGGAGGGAGUCGAUUAUUCUCACGAGGUUAUCAUUUCUGAUGACCAUGGCAACAUUAACGAUCAAAAUUUGUCUAUCGGGAGUGUACACGAAGACAUUAAUCAAGAAUAUUUUAUCGACAAAACAAAUUUUGUAGCAGGUGAGGAAUUUAACGAAGAACAGAUAUACCAUUACGAUUCUGAUUCUCUAAAUUCGGAAAUGAAUCUUAAUGGUGACCACAAUAUUUCUAUUUUGUCUUCUCAAUUUACCGAAAUGCCAAAUAAUUUGAGAGGCCUUGAUAUCGUAGCUAAUAGUAUGGAUCAUUGAAAGUGAGGGUCCUGUAGAUAUAGUCGGUGGAAUAGAUAUUUCUGACUUGAAAUUUACUAGAGUAUCAGCAUUUUUUUUGAAAAAUGGUCUAUAUAUCUUUUAUUGAAGCAUUCUAUUAUGGCGAACGAUUAUUUAGCACAUUAUUUAUUUAAUCUUUUUUAAUAUUAAUAUGAAAAAUACCGAAUAUUUGUUUAGAGCUAUUUUUGAAAAACGAUUUUAUAAUUUGUAAUUACCUUUUACUUAUAUGCUAUUUAAUGUAUAUUUGUGUUGAUAGUCAGACAGAUAAUUUUUUUUUACCAGUGUUUUUCAUUAGUUAAAUAUUUUAUAUUUCUUUGUCGCUAUUUAUUAUGUGAAAUUAAACUUGGUUAUUUUUUUUAAAGUAAAUUUCCUAAUGAUAUCAUUAAAAAAUUACUCAAUACAAACACUAUAAAAUUGAUAAGACAAUUUAAUUUCUCUUACGAUUUAUUAUAUAAAACAAUAAUACACAUAACACCAUAUUUUAUAAUUUCACUUAAGACGUUUUUUAAAAUAUAAUUUAUAAUUAUAUUAAUAUAUUUUGAACCAAAUACUUUUAUAUGACGUAUUUUUAUAUUUAUUUUGGUGAAUUUGGUUUUUAUAACAUAUCCAUUAUAUUAAAUUCAUGAAACAAAUUUAGUAUAUAUAAUUUAAUAAUUUAUAUAUGAUCAAUUAUUUAUUUGGGACUAUUAUUUAUGGAUUU